UUAAAUCCGCGGAAGGAGUGAGUGUUGACAGCUCCGCUUGACAAGAGUUCACCAGUAUAACCAGAGACUGCGUGUAAGGUCCAUCUUCUUGGUGGGAGACAUGUCGGGCAGCAGAGUGAUGAGAGCCAUCAGAGUGAGUGAGUUCGGAGCUCCGUCAGUUCUCAGCCUGUGUUCCCAGGUGACCGUCCCAAAGCCUGGACCCAGACAGGUGUUGAUCCGUGUCCAGGCCUGUGGCGUGAACCCUGUGGAAACCUACAUCCGUUCUGGGACUUUCAGCAAGAAACCCACCCUGCCGUACACACCGGGCUCCGAUGUAGCUGGAGUGGUGGAAACGGCUGGUAAAGGAGUCGUAGCAUUUAAGGCAGGAGAUCGGGUCUUCACCACAGCCACCGACUCUGGAGCUUAUGCGGAGUUCACUGUAGCAGCUGACGACUGUGUCCACAAACUGCCUGAGGCUUUAGAUUUCACACAGGGAGCAGCCAUAGGGAUUCCUUACUUCACUGCCUACAGAGCUUUGAUUCACAAAGCCCAUUCAAAGGCUGGAGAGACUGUCCUCAUCCAUGGAGCCAGUGGAGGGGUGGGUGUGGCCGCGUGUCAGUUGUCCCGUGCUCUGGGUCUCACGGUGUUGGGAACAGCAGGGACACCAGAGGGAAUGAAGCUGGUCCUUAACAAUGGAGCUCACAUGGCCUUCAAUCACAGAGAACAGGGCUACACAGAUCAAAUCACGGAAGCCACAGACGGCAGGGGCGUAGAUGUGAUAGUGGAGAUGCUGUCCAAUGUCAACCUGAGCAAAGACCUCGAGAUGUUGGCCUACGGAGGACGUGUCAUGGUUGUUGGCUCCAGGGGCCCCAUAGAGAUCAACCCCAGAGACACCAUGGCUAAAGAAAGCAGCAUCAUCGGAGUGGUUCUUUACUUGGCUACACAGGAGGAGAAGAAAGAGUGCGCAGCGUAUCUCUACGCAGGAAUGGAAGCUGGUUGGCUGCGUCCAGUCGUCGGUUCCCAGUAUCCACUCGACAAAGCUGCCCAGGCCCACCAUGACAUCAUCGAGUCCCCUGGGGCCGCUGGGAAGAUAGUCCUAACCAUGUGAUGCCAUGACGAUACCACAGGUCCUAGGGUUUAGGCUGUUGAUAAAGUAGAGAAUACAGCAGCAAUUAAAUAUGAAUGAAAAGAACUAUCUGUAUUUUUUCACAAAUUUUAAUAAAUCAUGCUGACAAGUGA